UGGUAUGGUUGGCAUAAUUAAGGCUACUCUGCUAUUCAUUUUGCUCCAAGGUGUAGCCAUUUUCUCUUCCAUAUCAGUCAUGGCAUUAACAAAAACCCAACUCUUAGUUUUAGCUGCAGCUUUGAUCUACAUUUCUCUUUCCUGCUGCAAAAUGGGUUCCGCAGAUGAAGAUGGGCCUGAAACAGGUAAUGUACCACAAACAGGUAAUGUACCACAAACAGGUAAUGUACCACAAACAGGUGGUGCUGGGGAAUUCGAUCCGGCUCAAAUUGUUGCCAAAGCCUUGCUGUGUUUCAAUAACAACUAUGUAUACAGCAGCUGCGAACAGUCUUUUAGAUUGAAUGAGAGUGGAGAUCUGAAAGUUCCAAAAGACAAAACCGACGAGUUCUGCAAUGGUGCUUGCCUCACAGAGACACACCUUGUGCUCAACUGUGUUGAUCACAUUUUGGCCAACUUCGUCUUCUACAACAAGGCCACUAUAAGAGAUGUUAGAGAUACUGUUCAGGCCGGAUGUGGAUCUGGCCCUGAAAGAGGCAACUUCAACGUGGAGGAGCAUAUGGCUGAGACGAGCAAGGCACGCACGCCUGCAACUUACCAGAUUCUUGUUGGGCUUGUUUUGAUGGUUUUGGGAAAUGGAUUACUGUUCUGAUAUGUAAAAGGACUUAGUUCCCUAUAAUAUUGAUUACUGUAAUGCUGCAUAAUGACAAUUACCAUACGCAUUAAGGCUAUCUUAAUGCAAGAUUUAUGAAAAUAAUGUGUACUUUUGUGCACGUAUGAAUUAUCA